CCCUAGCAAUUUACUGCGGAGCUGCAUUGUUGACACAAUGGCGAGCGCUGAGGAGAAAAACGCAGGCCUCGACUCGUCAGACUUGAGUUUAAUUAAAAGCAUCAUGACAGAUUCAAAUUCUGCACAUGAAAGUGUAGAAAAGAGUUGCUCAAUGCCGGGUGCACAGCUGUCAGACAAACAGACAUUCAAGAACAGGGAAGGACAUGUCGUUCACGGGUUCCCGGUGCUGGUAGAUUUUAGGAGACUAAUGCAGCUUGCACCCAGCCUCGCAGCUCUUGCAUGCGAUGGAACCAAUGCCAUGAUACCAGGAAUUAGUAACAGAGACCUGCUGCAUGCUGUGGUUGGACUAUAUGAUGUAUCUCUAUCAGACAUGACUCCAGAUGUUCUCUACUCCUCAGUCUGUGAUAAAUGGGCAAGGACCAUUGUACUGGUCAGAGAUGUUCAAGAAACUGUGGAAGAUUUAACUAAAAGAAAGGCAACAAGGAGAAACUUAGCCAAAAAGGUCGAUGAUGAAGAUCAAGCAAAAGAAGAGGGUGAAGAAGACAAGUAUGAGGAGGAGGAAGCUAGUCCCAGCAAGUUUGCUACAGUGUACAGUGAUACAGAGUCGGAGGAGGAGGAGGAAGAAGACGAUGAAGAAGAUUUCUCUAAAGGAAUCAACAGCUUUAUAAAGAAGGCAGCCGAGCGACGCACACAACAGAAAGUGACGGAAACGGUAUCUCAGGACAUGGUGGGAAUUGAGAAUAGAAUCAUUGGUGCAAUCACUUUUGAGAAGAAAUACAUACAAAAGGACAGAGUGAUACAUCUUACUUUGCUCUCUGUGAGGAAAAGGUACAGGAAGUUUGGAAUUGGAAAAUACUUGUUGCAGCAAAUUUUGGAACCCGAGGUGGUGGGACAUUAUGAUGCAAUAGUUGUUCAUGCAGACAAUGGUGCUGUCGACUUUUUCCAGAAGUUUGGUUUCUCUGAUGACAUUGUUCUCAACAGCCGGUGGAGUGAACUAGCAGAACAGUUCACAAACUGUACAUUGAUGGCAUACCUUCCAGCAUUUUCUGGUCACACAUUACUGUCUACCUUAAAAAUCCCAGGUUUAGAAGUGUUUGAGUUAGAACAACAGUUCAAUAAGUGGAAAGAGAAGACCACAGAGGUUUACCAGCAGCAGGUGUCCAUAGUGAUGAGAAUGAAGCAUGAAAUCAUUGAGCUCAAAAGCAUGAAUGAGAAACAGAACGAGUUGAUAGAUACAUUGAUUUUGGAAAAUGAGAGACUGAAAAAAGAAAAGCUGAUGAUUGAGAAAGAAUACCUGGACCAUCGUUUGACAACAGCCAGAACUGUGGCCUAUGGAAGUGAUAAAGUCAAUGAUAUAAUUCCCCGCGGAUUUUUGCCGACAGAUGAUGAAGAUGACAUUGAUACCAGUGAUCUAAUAUCCGGCCUACAACGGGAGGUGGAUCUAAUGGAUCUAGCAAUCAAACGAGAGCGUCUCCAGUCACUGGUUGAUUCAGACCCCAUCACCAAGAGCAAAUUCACAACAGUCGAUGAGAGCCAAUACAUGUCAUUCCCAACAACAAGAAAUAAGAAGCAGGGAGAACCAUACGACCACAUGAAGGACGCCGCAUUCUUCUACGAUGUUACUGAACAAUUCAAGAAAGGAAUGAAAUUAGACCCACAAAUCAAGGGAAGUUAUGAAGUCACAACUAUUUCUAAGGCGACAUUGACCGAUUCCUAUGUGGAGAAAUAUAGGGAGCAGAUCAAGAGAAUGAAGGAACCAACCUUGAUUGCCGACCUCUAUUUCUGUGGGGGUCUAGAGCACCCCGAGAGACUGAACGACAUCAUCAAACAUGGCUUCAAAGAGCAAGAUUUUGUGUUUGGGGAAUUUGGACGAGGGUUAUAUUUUUCCAAGUAUCCUUCUAAAGCUGCGCAGUUUUCUGCACAUGAGAAAAUUCUCCUUGUGGAGGUUGGCCUAGGUAACAUUGAGACAGUCAGCAAACAGGAUAAAACCCGGAAAUCCCCCAGUAGUCCGGAGUUUGAUUCAAUCAUUACACCCGGUCGUCUUCAUACUUCACAGGGAGUGGGUGAUAUGGUCUACAAUGAGGAAUAUAUCGUUUAUAACAUCUCACAGGUCAUGCCUCUGUGUCUGAUCAGCUAUGCCGGAACCUGAGGCCGUCCAAAUAACCCCCGCCCCCUCCAUCCAUAUCAGUCAACACCCCGGCCCCCUCUCCCUCCCUCAGAAUCAUCCAGUAGAGACCAGUUCUUGUGUGUCAAUCUGUCCGUGGUCCAGAAUAUAGAUUUCAUUCUAGACAUUUUAUUACAAGUCAUUGCAUUGUUCUGUGUGAUGUCACAUAUUUAUAUAUAGUUUAUACCUGGUACAUUUAUAUAUAAUUAUUUAUUUUUGAAAGAGAUAAAAAAAAGUGUACCUUGUUAUGAUUUUGACAUGUUUUUAUUUUGGUACCCAGAGAACAAUUAAUUGGAAUUUACAGUAACUGUUGUUCAGUUCCUUGCCAAAGGUUUUACUGUGGGAGCUGGACUUGCCAUAGGUUAAAUUGUACUGUGGAUUGUCAGGAUUAACAGUUUAAUAACCUUAUGGCACUUGCAUGUAUCUAAGUAUAGAUUGAUAAACACAAAUAUGAGAGAGAGAGAGAGAGAGAGAGAGAAUGAAUAUCAAUGAUAUAAAGAGCAAGGUUUUUUCUGUGUUUGAAAAUAUUGGUUUUAGUUUGUGGAGCAAUAAUUUUCUAUACCAAUAAUGUAAUUAAUAAUUUCAAAGCCUGGUGUUAAGAUUGUUACUGUAAGCGUGUUAUACUCAGCGUGUGCAAUAUGUGGCGGAAAAAUGAUUUUUCAGUUCUAGUGGAUUUGAAUUCAGGUAUUUCUAAAUGUCUCCAUUCUUAUUUAUAUACAAAUAAUACGUAGCAGUGUACUCAAUAGCAGAAGUGGGUUUUCCACCAAAAAUGCUUAAAGAAAAACAUGGCCAAAUAUAUUACUUAUAUAUUUACCAAAUGCGUUUUAUCUGUACGCCCUUAUGUUUUAAAAAAAGAAAUUCUACAUUUGAAUAUGAAAUAUUUUAAUGUCAAGUGCUAAUGAUUUAUUUAUCCCUGCUAGAUAGAGUGGUUCUUUACUUCUUGUAGUGGUGUUUCAUUGUUAAAAGCCAUUGAAGAUAGUUGAACAGACUAUAACCUUGGGUUUCCUAUAAGGUUAUAAUUAUGCAACUUUUAUGUUUCUGAUGAAGGCAUUGUAUUAAGUUACAUAAUUCUUACUUGGUUUUUAAGAAUACAAUAUUCUUAGGUAUAAUCAUAAAAACUCAAGAAUUGCUACUUCAGUGCAUUAACUCAAUAUGAAUUACAUGCCAUGUAAUGUAAUGUAAUGACACAUGCAUGUAUUAUGUAAAGCAAAAAUUCUACUCUGUUCUGCUUCCUGUGAGCUUGUUCUGUGUAUAUUCAAUACCCAGCUAUUUUUUUCCAAAAUUGUCUAUUGAUUUAUAUAGCAUAAGCUACCAUGCAGGUAAAGUAAACAUCAGAUAUAAAAAAAA